GUCAGAAAUGAGCAACGUGAGAGUGGCUGUUAGGGUUCGGCCAAUGAACCAAAGAGAGAAGGAGAAACACUCAGUUUGUGUUAUUUCUAUGAGUCAAAAUAAGACAAUUCUGCAGAGCAAGGCUGUCAGUCCAGGUGAAGUACAAAAAGCACCUAAAGAAUUCACCUUUGAUCAUUGCUUCUGGUCGGCAGAUGAUUCAGACCCUGAUACUUAUGCAGGGCAGGAAGAAGUGUUUAAAACACUUGAGGAAGGAACUAUAGAGAAUAUUUACCAAGGAUACAAUGUUUGCAUUUUUGCCUAUGGACAAACAGGUUCAGGAAAAACAUAUUCCAUGAUGGGAACUGAUGAUGAACCAGGUUUGAUCCCAAGAUUCUGCCGUGCCUUACUGAACAGAAAAUCUGAAGGCACCGUAAGAGUUGAACUUUCUUAUAUGGAAAUAUACAAUGAAAAGGUGAGGGAUCUGUUAGAUCUGAAAAAGAGCAAAAAAGAACUCAGUGUUCGGGAACAUAAUAUUCUUGGACCAUAUGUAGAAGGAUUGUCCCAGCAUGCUGUUAGCACAUGGGAGGAUAUCAAACUACUGCUUUUAGCUGGAAAUAAAUGCAGGACCACAGCUGCAACUAAAAUGAAUGAAGAAAGUAGCCGUUCACAUGCCAUCUUUACUCUCACUAUAACUCAGAUGUUUCCCAACCACGAGUCUGGUACCUCAAAAGAACUUCAUAGCAAAUUCAAUCUGGUGGAUCUGGCAGGUAGUGAGAAAGCAUCUAAAACAGGGGCUCAAGGGAAACAAUUGGUAGAAAGUGGCAACAUUAAUAAAUCUCUUACAUCCUUAGGCAGGAUUAUAUCAUCUUUGACUGAAUGUAAGGGCAGUUAUGUGAGCUAUAGAGAGUCUGUGCUCACGUGGCUUCUGAAAAACAGCCUGGGAGGAAACAGCAAAACAGUCAUGUUGGCCACCAUUAGUCCUGCUGAAGAUAAUUAUGGGGAGACCCAUUCUACUUUGGUAUAUGCAGAAAGAACAAGACAAAUAGUCAAUCAAGCUAAGGUGAAUGAGGAUACCAAGUGCAAAGCUGUUGCUACAUUACAAGAAGAGGUGCAAAAGUUAAAGGAACAACUCAAGCAUGCUAAAAGUCAGCAAUCUCCGGAGCUACAAUCAAAACUAAAAGAAUCAGAGAAUCUUCUAAAACAACUCAACUUAAGCUGGGAAGAAAAGCUGAAGAAAACAGAAGAAAAUGCCAAAGUGAUGCAAAAGUAUUUGGAAAGCAUGGGCAUUUCAGUAGAUGCUUCUGGUAUAAAGUGUGCCAAAGAGCAAUGUUGUCUUGUAAACUUAAAUCCUGACCCAGAAUCCAAUGAUUACCUAUUAUAUUAUUUAACAGAACAUAAUAAAAUAGGUGCAGGUUCUUCACAAGAUUUCCAGUUAACUGGGCCGGGAAUAGAGGAAGAGCACUGUGUGAUUACCAUGACUCCUGAUGGAGAUGUGUUUCUUGUUCCAAACACCAAAGCUGAGACAAAAGUAAAUGGCGCUCUGGUUCAGGAGAGGAUUCGGUUAUAUCAUGAAGAUAAAAUAAACUUAGGACUUAAUUACUCGUUUAUUCUAAACCAGAGCAAAAAAAGGCAGCCAAACUCCCUAAGUGAAAAUAAGCAUGAAGUAGAAAUGAAUGAGAUGUCUUCUGAUCAUAAAAAUAAGGAUGAAAGUAACCCCAAGCAAAAUCCAUAUUACCUGCUAAGUGGAAGUCAAGAUGAUGACACUGAACUUACAAAGACUCAUAUAAAUCCAAAAAAAGAGGAAAUUUCUACUGAAUCACGAUCACAUGAUUCUUUUUCCACAUCGUCCAUUGAAAAGGUUCUUGCCAUACCACAAGAGUCAUUACUAGAACUUCAGCAGAACUUUACAAACUUGGUGAAGAAGCUACAAUCGAAACAGCUUAUAACCCAGCAGGAUAGCGCUGGUCUUGAAAACACUGAAGACAUGGUUUUGAAAUCUAAAACCUUACUCACCCUAAUCGCUGAGAAAGGGGAGAAUGCCUGCACCCAAUUUCUGGAUCUGCUUGGAAAAGGUAUGAGUAUCAUAAAUUGA